GUUUGACAGAGUUGAAGUCAGGCAUCCAGGCUAACAUGUUGCCGUACAGUUGCAGUGAGAAGCCCGGGCGGACGGCGCUGAGGGGCGGGAGGAUUCUGGUGGUCCUCGCGGCGCUGCUUUGCACGGUAGCCAUCGGCGUGAUCGACCACAAGAUGCGGGGAUACGAGGCCGGCAUACGGGGUCUGAAGACACAACUAGACGCCAGUAAAGACGCAGCCGUGCGGUCACGCCGCGCAGCGGACGAUGAUGAAAUGACACCCUUCCGAGAUGAGCCGGUGAGCCGGAGUGUCCAGCACAACUUCCCGGGGGAGGGAGGGGCGCUCUUCACCCGGUGGGGACGGGAGGUGUGCGGGAAGAGUAAGGACUUGGACACCGUCUACACAGGCGUGGCAGGAGGGUCCCACUACACCAAACAUGGCGGCGGCUCCAACUACCUGUGUCUACCCACCCGCAAUGUAUCAUGGGAUCACUACACUGAUGCCGCUCAGACAAAGAACUACCUGUACGGUUCGGAAUUUCAAACCCACGGGCAAGACGGCUUCUUGUCCACGGUGAAUGCGGAGGGAGUGGCCGCGGUGGCGGACUAUGACGUGCCGUGUGCCGUCUGUCGGGCUCGUACCCGCACCAGCACCGUCAUGAUCCCCGCGCGGACGGCAUGUCCGAAUGAUUGGCACAAGGAGUACCAGGGUUAUCUGAUGAGUGCCCACGAGACCCACCAUGGUCGAACAGAGUUCGUCUGCGUGGAUAAGGACCCGGAUGUGGCCAUCGGCACGUACGAGAGCAAAGAUGGCGCCCUGUUCUAUCUCGUGGAAGCUCAGUGUGGCUCGCUGCCGUGCGGGCCUUAUAUCGCUGGGCGGGAAAUAGCCUGCGUAGUUUGUACAAAGUAACGUUAACUCGAAACUAUCUCUUUAUGGACCCAGCUGACGUAAGAAUUGGGGUCUCGAGUCAAUUAAAAUGUUAAUGUGCCGAACAUUGGGAUUUCUAUAGUUAAGGAUCAGAAAUCAAAGCACAAACUGUCUGACUAUGACUUAAUAUAGAAUGAUGGUAUAGUAUAGUAAACAAGCAAGGCAAACCUAUGCUAUGUGUUGAAAAUAAGGGGAAAAUCUACAACACUACUGAGAGCAAA